CCGGUCGCGUGUCCAUACCCACCAUCUCGUUCUCCCUGCCAGCCGCCCAGCCAUGGCGCCCGCGACGAAACUCACACUGGACAAGCUGGCCAUGUUCGACGAUGUCAUCACCGACGCCGUCAUCGACAAGGUCUACGGCUGGUUCACAAUCCGCAAGAACCGCGGCGGCCGCUUCACGGGAUCGCGACGGCUGAAAGAGGAAGCUGUAGCCGACAUCAUUCGCCAACAUGUCAUCUGGGACAAAGAUCCCGCUGAAGCCGUGCAGAGGCUGCUCCAGCUACCCGGCCUGCGCCGCUUCCUCACCAGCCUCAAGGACGAGCGCGAUCAGGAGCAGUUCAGGCGCCACCUGCGGAGAUAUGUCAACAUCUACAUGCCCGACUGCCAGUUCGACGUGACCACCACGAACCGCUACACAAUCACCGAGCACGAGGCCUCGAUUACCGCGCGACGAGACAUCAACCCACGCGAGGAGAUCAAAUACCUGACCGGCGUCCAGGUGGCUAUGACCGAGGAGCAGGAGAAGACGUUGGAGCUGGCGCGCAAGGACUUUAGCUUGGUCAUUUCUAGCAGAAAGAAGACUCGCUCGCUGUUCCUGGGACCCGCGCGAUUUGCCAACCAUGACUGCGACGCCAAUGCAAAGCUCACGACCAAGGGCUACGACGGCAUGCAGAUUGUCGCGGUAAAGCCCAUCUACGAGGGAGAGGAGAUUACAGUCUCGUACGGUGAGGACUACUUUGGCGACGACAACGAAGAGUGUCUCUGCAGCACGUGUGAAAACUUGCAGCAGAAUGGCUGGGCGCCCAUGCAGCGGGUCAAGCGCAGCGACGACGACGAAGACGUUGGCUCCGAGGACACGGAAACAUGUGCAAAGAGGCGGCGAGAAGAUGCGACGGUGGAAGACCCCUCGUCUGACGCCACGCCAGGACCCAAGCGACAAAAGACUUCGCCGACAAAAUCGCACGAGUCAAAUCUACUUCGCAAGACGACGCUAAAAAAGGCACAUAGCACAUCAUCUUUGCGCCAGGAAGUUCCAGUCUCAAGCAUUGAAGAUGCUGGAAACAGCCUGGCUACGCUGCCGCAAAUAUCACGCGAUAUCCGCAACCAGCAGCGCGAAGGCUUUCUCACAGUAAACACGGAUGAAACUAUUUCGUCACGCGAAAUCUCUCCUCAAUCAUCAAUCGCGGCAGCCUCGCCCAAGUCUGCAGAGUCAACGGAUGCCACGUCGAUUGAUGACGAUCAUCCGCAAGAAGGCGGCGAACCGAAAGACAAGAUUGAGAUUGGCCCGGAAACCAUGCACCAUCAGCCCGCAUUGGAAGUAGCAACAGUGAAGGAGGAAAUCACUACUACGACUACGAUUGUCAAACGCAAGCCACGACCGACGUUUCGAACCACUCGCUCCAAAUCGCGCUUCGACGUUCAGAACCGUGUGGGAACACCGAUAACCAUCGAAGAAGGUGAUGAGGCCGACUACAUUGAGAAUCCGCGCAAGCCAGGUGACUACAUGACCUCGAAUGCUGUGCUCUCGGCCAAGUACUCAAAGUGGGUCAACUGCCACACGUGCGACACAGACUUUGUUCAGCAAGACGGCUACAAUACUCGCAAGGACUGUCCGCGCUGCGAACGCCACUCAAAAUUGUACGGGUUUGCCUGGCCAAAGACAGAAAGAGAGGGUAAGCAUGACAAGGAGCAGCGCAUCCGCGACCAUCGUACUGUACAUCGCUUCGUCGAUCCAGACGAGGAGCGCCAAUUGAAGCGUGACAAGGUCAAGAAGAUGAUCAAAGAAACUAUCAAAGAGCGGUUUUCAACACCCCGCAGUGCAAGGGACACGAUGAGUUCGAGCGUCGACAUCGAUAUCGGCAGAAAGAGACGAAGAAUCAGGAAGACUAUGUAGCAGUAACGUUUACAAGAGGGAGUGGCAAGAGCUGGAAAGAAGGAAAGAGACUUGACAUCACUUCUCGCUUUUUGAAACGAGUUCUAUUUGUGAAAGCAUACGAAUCUAAACGCAUUGGCAGGAGUUUACGUCAGCACUUGCUUUUUUAUGGCACAGAACUGUUGGGAGAGCGACUGCAUCCAGCAGUUAUUUUUUUCUCCUUUCUUUAUUCUCCUUGGUUGCAUUUCUGCACUCACUUCUUUCCGGUUUCUCAAUUGC